AAUCAUCAUUUUUUUCAUCGUCAUCUUUUUAAAGUUUUUUUUUCUAUUUCUCGUCUUAAUUCCGUUUAAUUUUCGAUUUUUUUAAUUAAAUCCAAAUUAAUCUCAAUAUAAAUCAUCAUUAUCAUCAUGCCUGAAGAACAGGAAAUCGAAACCUUUGCUUUUCAAGCCGAAAUUGCUCAACUUAUGAGCUUGAUCAUCAAUACAUUCUAUAGUAAUAAAGAAAUAUUUCUUCGUGAAUUGAUUUCGAAUUCAUCGGAUGCAUUGGAUAAAAUUCGUUAUGAAUCAUUGACCGAUCCGAGUAAAUUGGGUGAACAAAAAGAAUUGUAUAUUCGUAUCAUUCCGAAUAAAGAUGAAAAAACAUUGACAAUUAUUGAUACCGGUAUUGGUAUGACAAAAGCCGAUAUGAUCAACAAUCUUGGUACUAUUGCAAAAUCCGGUACCAAAGCAUUUAUGGAAGCACUUCAAGCUGGUGCCGAUAUAUCGAUGAUUGGUCAAUUUGGUGUCGGUUUUUAUUCUGCUUAUUUGGUUGCCGAUAAAGUUACCGUCCAUUCCAAACAUAAUGAUGAUGAACAAUAUAUUUGGGAAUCUGCUGCUGGUGGAUCAUUUACUAUUCGACCGGAUUCUUCUGAACCAUUAGGUCGUGGUACAAAAAUCAUUCUUCAUCUUAAAGAAGAUCAAAUCGAAUAUGGUGAAGAACGUCGUAUUAAAGAGAUUGUGAAAAAACAUUCACAAUUUAUUGCUUAUCCAAUCAAAUUGAUGGUGCAAAAAGAACGUGAAAAAGAAAUAUCCGAUGAUGAAGAAGAACCGGCUGCUGAUGAUAAAGAGAAAACCGAUGAAGAGAAAAAAGAUGAUGGUGAAGAAAAAGAACCGGAUGAUGCUAAAAUCGAAGAUGUUGAUGAAGAAAAAGAGAAGAAACCAAAAAAGAAAAUGAUUAAAGAAAAAUAUAAUGAUGAAGAAGAAUUGAACAAAACGAAACCGCUUUGGAUGCGUAAUCCCGAUGAAAUCAGUCAAGAAGAAUAUGGUGAAUUUUAUAAAAGUCUUACCAAUGAUUGGGAUGAACAUUUGGCUGUUAAACAUUUUUCGGUUGAAGGUCAAUUGGAAUUCCGUGCAUUAUUGUUCAUACCGAAACGUGCACCAUUCGAUUUGUUUGAAAAUAAAAAACAAAAAAAUAACAUCAAAUUAUAUGUACGACGUGUAUUCAUCAUGGAAAAUUGUGAAGAAUUGAUUCCCGAAUAUUUGAAUUUUAUCAAAGGUGUUGUUGAUAGUGAAGAUUUGCCGUUGAAUAUUUCUCGAGAAAUGCUUCAACAGAAUAAAAUUCUUAAAGUUAUUCGUAAAAAUUUGGUAAAAAAAUGUUUAGAAUUGUUCGAAGAAUUGAAUGAUGAUAAAGAACAAUUCAAAAAAUUCUAUGAACAAUUCAGUAAAAACAUCAAACUUGGCAUUCAUGAAGAUACUACUAAUCGAAAAAAAUUGGCCGAUCUUUUACGUUAUCAUACUUCAUCUUCGGGUGAUGAAAUCUGUUCAUUGAAAGAUUAUGUAUCUCGAAUGAAAGAAAAUCAAAAACAUAUCUAUUUUAUUACUGGUGAAUCUCGAGAUAUUGUUGCACAUUCAGCAUUUGUUGAACGUGUUUGUAAACGUGGCUAUGAAGUAAUCUAUAUGGUUGAUCCAAUCGAUGAAUAUUGUGUCCAACAAUUGAAAGAAUAUGAUGGUAAAACAUUGGUAUCUGUAACCAAAGAAGGUCUUGAAUUGCCCGAAGAUGAAGCCGAAAAGAAAAAACUUGAAGAAGAUAAAAAACGUUUUGAAGAUCUUUGCAAAGCAAUGAAAGAUAUAUUGGAUAAAAAAGUUGAAAAAGUAUUGGUUUCAAAUCGAUUAGUAUCAUCACCAUGCUGUAUUGUAACUAGCCAAUAUGGUUGGAGUGCCAACAUGGAACGUAUCAUGAAAGCUCAAGCUUUACGUGAUUCAUCUACAAUGGGUUAUAUGGCAGCAAAAAAGAAUCUGGAAAUCAAUCCUGAUCAUCCGGUUGUUGAAAAACUUCGACAAAAAGUUGAAAUCGAUAAAAAUGAUAAAUCGGUUAAAGAUUUGGUCAAUUUAUUGUUCGAAACUGCAUUGCUUUGUUCGGGUUUUGGUUUGGAAGAUCCACAAACACAUGCUUCACGUAUUUAUCGUAUGAUCAAACUUGGUUUGGGUAUCGAUGAAGAUGAAAAUGUUGUCGAUGAUGGUGGUGAUGUUAUGGUUGAACCAACUGUACCUGAUAGUCAAGCACAAGCUGCUGAUGUUUCACGUAUGGAAGAAGUUGAUUAAAUUCUUCAAACAUUUUCUGUUUUUUUCUUUCAUCUCUAUUUUUCUUUCCAUUUCACAUUUUUUUUUCUCUUCUUCAUACCCUUUACAAAAAAAA